UCAGAACAUUUAAUUCACAUUGCUGUUAAUAUUUAUAAAUGUUGAUAUCGACAGAAAUGACCGACUAUGAAAUGAAUGGUACACACAUUUAAUUAAACUAUACGAAUAUUUGACGAAUUUUCAAAAUCUGUUUUCUGUUACAUGAUACUUCGUGCUGAAAAAUUUUUAAAUUAAUUCUCCAAAUAUAAGUUGAACGAUUUUGAAAACAUGUAUUUCUAUAUAUAGUAUUACAUAUACAGGAUAUAUGUAUGUAUGUGUGUACUAUGCUAUUUUUGUUAUGAUUUUUCAAACCCUUAUUUUUACAACAAAGAUGUUUUGAAUAAAAGUUGAGCAGAUUUCAACUGGUUACAAAUUGCGAUAUAAAAAAUUCCCAAAAAAAUUAUUUUUCGACAAGCCCAACCCGCUUUGACUUCUGUAAAUGACACUACGUAUUUUCAAUUUCAUACUGUUGUACCUGAUGUUAAGACGCAUUAUGUAUAUACUACUAUCAUACUACGGCUUUGAAAUGACUUUGAAAUAACUUUGAAGAUUGAAAUGUUAACUUAAUCAGUGCCGUAUUUUUAUACCAACAACCUUAAAAACUAAGUUUUAUACGCGAAUAUUUUUUGAUAUUCCUUACACUUCGAUUAAAAUUUAUUUUAUUCCUGAGAUAUUAUUUUAUACUUUCAAAUUGUCAAGAUGUUAUCUAAAAUUCUAAACUAUGACAAUUUAUUUUAUAACCGAAUUUAACAUUCUUUCAUUAAAUUUUUCAUUAAUCAUGAUAUGACAAGUUUAUGUUAUAUAUUCUUUCCGUAUAUCAUAAAUGUUUAUUAUAUUAUGAACAAAUUUUGAUAAAAAACUACUUUCCGAUAUGUCUAUUUCAAUUUUGUAUACAAAUUCGCACUAUUGACUUUUUGACGUUUCGGAACAACUAAGAUAAGUAUAAUACAAAUGCGGUAUAUAAUUUUGAAAUAUUAUAAACUGAUACUAGGAAACAUUUUCAUAAAGUUAUGGCAUUUGUAGGAAUUAAUGGAUUUGGAAGAAUAGGAAGAAUGUGUUUACGUGCUUGUCUUGAAAAGGAUGUUACGGUUAAGAUGAUUAAUGAUCCGUAUAUUUCAACCGAUUAUAUGAUAUAUUUAUUUAAAUUUGACUCGACUCAUGGUCCUUAUCCUGUAAAGUUGGAAUGUGAAAAUGGAUUUAUUAUUAUCGGAGACAACAAAAUAGCUACAUCUCAAGAAAAAAACCCAUGUAAAAUAAAUUGGAGAGAUGCAGGUGUAACAUAUGUAAUUGAGGCUACUGGGCUUUUUACUACCUUAGAAAAAGCAAGCUUACAUAUGGACGGUGGAGCUAAAAGAGUAAUUAUUACCGCACCUUCUAUAGAUGCAUCAAUGAUGGUUUAUGGUGUAAAUCAUACUUGUUAUGAUCCAAAAAAAGGUAAAAUAAUAUCAGCUGCUUCUUGUACAACAAACUGUGCAGCACCUAUCAUUCGAUUGAUGCAUGAUAAAUUCGACGUUAUUGAAGUAAUGAUCAGUAGCGUACACGCUUUAACAUCGAUGCAACGAACUUUAGAUGGGCCCCUAGAGAGAGGAAAGUUGUGGAGAGAUGGUAGGGGUGCUCUCCAAAAUAUUAUUCCGACGUCUUCAGGUGCUGCCAAAUCAUUGGACAAAAUUAUCCCCGAACUGAAAGGCAAAAUAUCUGCUAUAGCCUUUAGAGUACCAAUUCCAAAUGUUUCUUUAUGUGACAUGACUUUUCGAGUUAAUAAACCGACAACAUAUGAAGAAGUGAAGGAAGCAAUGAAAACAGCGUCAGAGAAUGAUCUAAACGGUAUAUUGGGUUAUACAGAUGAUGAUUGUGUGUCAUCCGACUUCAAUAAGACAAGCUUUUCGUGUGUUUUCGAUGCUAAAGCUGGAAUACCCCAGACAAGCACAUUCAUCAAAGUUGUUGCUUGGUAUGAUAAUGAAUAUGGUUAUGCACAUCGUAUAGUGGAUUUGAUACAAUACAUGUAUCAAGUUGAUUCCGGUAAUAUACCAGUACCUGUACAGGAGUUAGAUGAAAGCGAAGAUUAAUUACUUCAUUUAGUAACAAAAAUGUAUUAUAAGAUUACGUUUUAUGCAAGGUAAUCUUAAUAUGUAUUCUAUUCAUAUCUCUUAUUAAUUUAUAUAUCUCCUAUAAGUUUAAUCCCUUAUUAAUUUUAAACAAAAGAUCACUAUUGCAUUAAAGUUUCAUUUAUUGCAUUUUGUUCUAUGUAUGUAUGUAUAUCUUGUUUGCUAAAUAAAAUUG